GGGGAAAUAAUGUAACUUUCAGAUUUGUUGAUAUUAUUUUUAAGUAUUAAGUCUAUUUUUUAAAGGCGGCUUUUGCCUGUAUUUGGAGGCAAACUUGUUCAUCAGUCUGUUACGUGUGUGUACGGCUUUAACUCGCACUCUGUAAAGAGGACCGAUGAAAAACUCUGCCGGUGAUGUCACCGUUCAAGAAUCAGUUAUGUAAAUGACACAAGAAAUCCACUCAGAAUUCACGUUUUGGUCAUUUCUCAGACCUACAACUCACAUCAAUUUUUAAAGAGUUUAAAUAACCCACGAACGACUGUUUUCCGUGAAGCUUUCAUGUUUGUAAAGAAGCGUUUGGCCGCUACAAACUUCAAUGGAAUGUCUGGUCUUUCACUACGAUACCCACAAUGCCUUUCGAUCCCCAACCCCCAACUCCAAUGAGUUGGCGUGAAACUCAAAUCACGGGCGGGAGUCCAUCAGAGUUAGCUGCGCGGAAUCGAAGCGGAAGCGUCUGAAACAGCGUGGUUACUACGCUUUUAUUUGCGGGUUUAUUACCGAAUCAGUCGCGUAAAACGCGCAAAAAGUGACCCGGCGAAUUUAAAGAACGAGGAGGUUUGAGAACAGCAAGGCUGUACCGAAACUCAACUUGGACUGACGAAAAGAGGCUCAACAGCGUGAAUAUGAUUCUGAAGGGGCAGAAGCGGAAGCUCCCGCAGGAGGACCUGGAGGUGGCGGACAGCGGCGGUCCGGUGUGGGAGCGCCAGCGGCAGUUCGUCUUCUCCGUGUCUCUGAACAAGUACCAGCGCAGCCAGGAGCUGCCCGAGCCCAGCCUUCGCCGCUCCGUUCUGAUCGCCAACACUCUGCGACAAAUGAGUCUGGAGGGGUGUCGGGAGCCCCCCGCGGACAUGGAGGUGCCCGAGACGCCCCCGUCCGCGGAGCAGGAAUAUUUCCCACAUGAAGCCUCUGCCGUAAAUGAAGCUGAAAGCGUCUCCUUAAGCCUUCUGACGUGUCCUGCCGGCGGCGUUCCCAGCAGUUCCAGGGAAUUCCCAAUGAGUGUUGAAGACGAUGAAGACUGGGAGUCCGCAGACUCGGACGUCUCACUCUCCGCUGCCAUUUCCUCCAUCCUCACCGCCCUCGACUCCACCAUCGAUGGGAACUCUCCGCGGACGCCUCUCCGGUCUCUGGAGAACCUGUCGGGCUCCUCUGAAGUGGCGUCAGUGAAGCUGGGAGUCAGAGGUCACGGCGUCAGCUGGCAGCAGGCGGACCAAAGGGCUCGGGACGGCGGGCUGAGCGACGUCACCGUGGAGGACCUGUUCCAGGACAUAGACACCUGCCUUCUGGAGCGGGACAUGGGGGGGCUCGGCCUCGGCGGGCACCAGGCCGGGGACGACCUCCUCCGGUACCUGCCGCCCUUCUCCCUGAACCCCAACCUGAAAUGUCUGCCGUCGUUCUCCUCCUUCAGCCCGCUCCCCGCCGGCUUCCCUCCGGCGGCGCCGUCCUCCAUGUCUGCCCCGAGUCAGAGCAGAGAAACCUUCGAGCUGGAUAAUCUGAUGGAGAUCCUGGUGGAGUCCUGAAGGAUCCCGGGACUUCCUCACACGCCUAAAGACCUUCCAGGAAGUCCGCGGACACUUUGCUGUUUUACACUUUAGUUUCAAGAGGAGGAGGAGCAGGAGAGCUCGUCGUGGAGGUUCAGACGUUGGGCUGUAAGCAGAGAGACCCUCUUUCUUCCACUGCUAAGCAGUGACUCAGUAGAUCAUGAGCCAAUCAGCAGCAUUUACUCGUUUAUAGCAUGACUCGGCUGUUGGGAGCAGAGACUUAAACUACCUACUUCACAGAUGAUUCACUCAGCCAAGGCAGAGCGGCUCCAGAGGAGGUCGGGGUGGAGGAGCUGCUGGCUUCAGCGGUGAAUGAAGUUCGGUGCUACACCAGGAAGUGGCUCACAGAAGUGAGGAUCAUGCUGGAUCUGGAGGUCAAAGUGUCAAACACUAACAGGUCAGAUCUUCUGUGAAGAAAAUCCCUGAAGAUUUAAGGCAGCAGCUGAAAGGAAGUCUUUAUUUAUCGUUUUGCGUAUUUAUGAAAUGCGUUUUGACCUGCAGUUUAAGAGUCAACGCAGAGUUUUUUCCUGAGGAAGACGAGGGUUCUGCUGAGAGAACGCGGCUCCUCGCUCCUGCCUUCAUCUAUUGUCACUGUUUCAAUCCUUUACAUUGAAUUCCUGCACUUUUGUCAAAUGUAUUCAUUGAUGAGUGAGUUUGAAACAUCAGUACGUUAAAGUAUUUCAUAUUUAACUCCACAGUAUUUCCGAAAUGCAUUAGUUUCUUUUAUAAAGUGUAGGAUUCUGUGUCCGGUUCUGGAUUUUGGUCUCUAUGCAGGUUUUGUUUCUAAUUUCUGAGCUGAAAUCUCAGAUUAUUUAUGUGACUUUUGUUACAGUGAAUAAUUUAAAGCGCCGUUCUGAACAAAUCAAUGUGUUCCCGCACCGUAUUGCAGUUACUUCCUGUUUGUACUUCAGAUUUUUUUGUUUUUAUUGUGAUGUUUUGAAACUGAAGAGCCGUCGACUUUAGAUUAUGAAAUGUUCACCUGUCUGGUGUUUUUAAUAAAAGAAAUUAGAAAAAAAAAAUCUGUUCUUUGGUUAAAAAUCUUUCUUGCAGACACCGAUAUAAGAAUCUCUUUGGGAGAUUAAAGG